ACCUUCCUGGUAGUGAAGACACGCUCAUUUGGGCUGACUUCCCCUGCCGACCCUCUCGCUCGCUCGCCGGCAUCAGGCUUACGUUCCGACCAUGGAGGCCAUCAAGAAGAAGAUGCAGAUGCUGAAGCUGGACAAGGAGAACGCCAUCGACCGGGCCGAGCAGGCUGAGGCCGACAAAAAGGCCGCCGAGGACAAGUGCAAACAGGUGGAGGAUGAGUUGGCGGCAAUGCAGAAGAAGCUGAAAGGGACAGAGGAUGAGCUGGACAAAUACUCCGAGGCCCUGAAGGAUGCACAAGAGAAGCUUGAGCAGGCCGAGAAGAAGGCCACAGAUGCUGAAGGUGAAGUGGCCGCCCUGAACCGGCGCAUCCAGCUGGUGGAGGAGGAGCUGGACCGUGCCCAGGAGCGUUUGGCCACUGCUUUGCAGAAGCUGGAGGAGGCCGAGAAGGCUGCGGACGAGAGCGAGAGGGGCAUGAAGGUGAUCGAGAACCGGGCCAUGAAGGACGAGGAGAAGAUGGAGAUUCAGGAGAUGCAGCUGAAGGAGGCCAAGCACAUUGCUGAGGAGGCCGACCGCAAGUACGAGGAGGUUGCUCGCAAACUGGUCAUCCUAGAAGGAGAACUGGAAAGAGCAGAAGAGCGGGCGGAAGUUUCCGAAUUGAAAUGCAGUGACUUGGAAGAGGAGCUCAAGAACGUCACCAACAACCUGAAGUCCCUGGAGGCUCAGUCAGAGAAGUACUCGGAGAAGGAGGACAAGUACGAAGAGGAGAUCAAGCUGCUGACAGACAAGCUGAAGGAGGCUGAAACACGGGCAGAGUUCGCUGAAAGGACUGUGGCGAAGCUGGAGAAGACCAUCGAUGAUCUGGAAGAUGAACUCUAUGCUCAAAAGCUGAAGUACAAAGCCAUCAGCGAGGAGCUGGACCACGCACUCAACGAUAUGACCUCUCUGUAAAGAGCGGCCUGGCAGCCCUGACCUCUCCGAGCAAGAACCUCUGCUUUCUCGGCUCUCUCUCGGCUUGCCUGAUUUUUUCCUUUCUUCCUCAGUCAAAAAAACUCGGGCUUCCAUUCAAGAAAGCUGCUCUCUUCCCCUACCUAAAUGUGCCGUGGUAAAAAGUGUAAUUUGGCGAGUUACUGUCUUGUCAUUGUACAAUGCCACCCCCCACUGCGUAUUAUAUGUAUGUACACAUCACAAAAGCAAAGCACCCACCCUCCCACAUCGUAAUUGCUAUCGCACAACCCUGUAAUGCCACAUCAGUGUGAAAACAUUAGGGUUCAAUAUAGAAUCAAUACAGAA